AUGGUUUUUAAGUCUUACUACCAGUGGGCUACUCUCGCCCUAGCUGCGACUGCUGCUGCACAGACUACCACUAGCUGCAACCCUACGAAGAAGACUUGCCCAGCAGACACCGGUCUGAACAAGUACCGUCUGAGCACCGACUUUACCUCUGGAUCUCUGGGUCGCUGGAACACCACUGCCGGCACCGUAACCACUACCGACCUCGGCGCUAAGUUCACCGUUUCCGAGCAGGGUGACGCCCCGACAAUCGAAAGUGAAUUCUAUAUCUUCUUCGGCCAUGUCGACGUCAAGAUGAGAGCCGCCAACGGCACCGGUAUCAUCAGCACCUGGAUCCUAGAGUCCGACGACUUGGAUGAGAUCGACUGGGAACAAAUCAGUACCUAUGACACUGAAAUCCAAACCGACUACUUCGGCAAAGGAAACACAACCUCCUACGACCGCGGCACAACCGUAACCGUCUCAACUCCCGAGGAAACCUUCCACACCUACUCAGUCGACUGGACCGCCGAGCGCAUCCAGUGGCUCCUCGACGGCGAUGUCGUGCGCACACUCAAAUACGCCGACGCCCUCAACGGCAAAAACUACCCCCAAACCCCCAUGCGCAUCCGCAUCGGUAUCUGGGCCGGCGGUGACCCAGAUAACUCCGAGGGCACAAUCGAGUGGGCCGGCGGCGAGACCGAUUACACCGAAGGUCCCUUCUCCAUGUACGUUGAGUCGGUCGAUAUCAUCAACUACAACCCGGCUUCCGCAUACAAGUACACCGAUAAGACUGGUGCCUACACCAGCAUCAAGGCUACCAACGCUACGACCUCGACUAACCUGAGCUCGUCGAACUCGAGCUCGAGUAAGACUUCUGCUUCGGCUAAGGCCAGCUCUUCCUUGAUUGCUUCUUCGUCAGCUUCGGCUUCCGCCGCGGCUUCUUCUAUUAGCUUUGUCUCGGCUGCGCCGGUGACCUACUACACCUCUAUCUUUGCCAUGGCUGUCGGCUCUCUUGUUGCUGGCUUUUUCCAGUUCUAG